UCGUUGUCUACAAUGUGACCAAUGAAGGCAAAACCUCCCAAAAGACUUCAUUCACGAUCCUCAUCGCGACCAUCUCUGCCGUCCUGAGUACUGCCGUGCUAGUUGGAUCCGUUCUAUUUCGCUCUGACGAUGUGGAGGAUAAGAUCGCGAGGUCGACGAGCAGCAAAACACUCUCGGAACCAACCACUCAGCAAAGAGACUAAGGUGCACGGGAAGAGACGUAGUACGGGCCACAGUCUUUGUGGAUGUUGCUGCACAAGAUGUGGGAAGAGGUUGGGGCGUUUGACACACCCGAUCGGCCCUCAACUACGCACAAUUCAGGCGAGGGACAAAAACGGAGGAUUGGUCCCGCUUCACGUUGUGAAUAGAGACGUUGGGUCUACUCAUUCUGACUUGGACCGUAGUAAUGCCAUUAAACCAAUCCAAAUAGCGGAAGACAAAUCGAUAACACUAGAGGACCUUCCGUAUGGGUACAUU